AGUGGUGGGGCACUACCGUACGGAGUGCUGGAGGUACUGGACUGAUCCAGUUGCUCGACGCCAGAUGGAAGCGGAUGGGUACGUGUGUCCGGCCGAAUUCAAUCGUAGGACUGGCGCUCCAUCACCUCCUAAGGACCGAGCACAACCACCACUUGCGGUUGAUGCGGCAACACAGAAUCGCUUGGAGGAGCUUGGACGUACGGUGGCUUCCGUACAAGAAUUCGUUGAGAUGGAACGCGCUAGAAGGGUUGAGAGAGAGCAACGUGGCCGAGAGCGUGAUGAAGCUAGGUUGGUCGAAGAGGCGGCGCGUGCGGCUGAAGUCGAGCGUGCGGUACGUAAGGCCGAAAAGCUCCGCAAGCGUGAAGAGGAGCAGUUGGCUAUGGCCAAAGCAGUGGAAGUGCAGCUUUCCGUGCGCUUGGGGGAUAUCCGGGAGGAGAUAAAGACGGAGGUUCGUAAGGCGUUAUCCAGUUCCUUGGUUAAACAACAAUUGACCGAGAUUGCGACCACUAAAGGCAAGGAGAAAGUCGUUACGAUCGAGGACCUUUCGUCGACUUCCGGAACAUCGAGCGAAGUUGAAGUCAUCACAGAGGGUACCGGUAAUCUCUCGCUCCAGGAGAAGCGCAAGCGAGGCGACGACGUACCAGUUGGCGAUAGCCCACCCGUGACCAUUCUGGCGAAACGUACUAGUAAGCGAUCAAGCAUUCGCCCGGUGCGCUUAUCGGAGUGCCUACAACGUACUCGGACUAAGAUCUCUGUCCGUCGGCCAGCAAGAUGUGAAGCCACUAAAGCACUCACUGCCCUGAAGCCACCUGCUAGAGACACUAUGAUGGAACGGAUGUUGUUUCUCGACAAUACUCAGAGAGAACUCUCCAAAUUGGACUAUGAUACUCUGCGCGCUAUUUGUCGCGAUGAGGGGGUUAACUAUGCUACGAAGGUGCAAGCGAUAUUUGAUGUCGCGUAUCCGCGUGCGUAGGUACAUUUUGGUGAAGCUAUACCGGA